AUAGCCGCCUCUGAGGACCCGAGUUUCAGGUCUGCGUCCUCCCUGAAGACGCGACUGAGCUCACAACCAAUGAGGUGGAAUCAGUUCCCACCUCCACCAGCACCCUGGCCUAGCAGAGCCCUGCUCUACCUUGCCAGAGUCUGAGGACAGGACAUUCUUUCUUUUUUUUUUUAACUUUCUAUUCUGUAUUGGGGUAUAGGUGAUUAAUUAGCAAUAUUGUGAUAGUUUCGGGUGCACGGCAAAGGGACUCAGCCAUACAUAUACAUGUAUCCAUCUCCCCCAAACUCCCUUCCCAUCCGAGCUGCCACACAAUGCUGAGCAGAGUUCUCUGUGCUAUAUAGUAGGUCCUUGUUGGUUAUCCAUUUUAAAUAUAGCCGUGUGCACCUGUCCAUCCCAAGGGAUAUGCCUUGUUAAUUCUUCUUCCUACUCCCAACCCCGAGCUUGGUGCUCAGUCAAUGCUGUCAUCAUCUGCUGGGCUGAAUUACAAGCUUCUCUUGCUCCUCCCACCAGACACGAGGCUCCUUGAGGGCAUGGACCCUGUGCCUGACUCCUAGUUGUGGCUAGACUCUGAAGGAUGGCUUUUCUCAAGGUUGUGUGUUAUUUUAGUUCACACCAAACCCUAUGAGAUUAUCUCUCAGUGUUCUUAUCCCCACUGAACAGAUAAGGAAACUGAGGCUGGGGCAGGUGGCCACCUUGCCCCCAGGUCUCCUGAUACCCAGAGGGGCCAGGAUUCAAGUCCCAGCUUCUAUCUGCAGAGUCGUGUGCUGAACCAAUUAACGUCAAUGAGAAAGAUGCCUGUUCUUCAUUUCAUUGUGUAAUCUGGCAGGUUCAUCCCUCUGCUGGUCCUCGUAAGCCCAUCUCCUGACAGUUGGGUGGUUUUCCCCAAAGCAUUUGCUUAGGCCACCUACGCAUAAAGUUUCCAUACUCCAUGCAUGGCUUGUCUACUAUAAUGGUGAUUGCUUGGGUGGCCAAGAGGAAGGCUCCCACGGGAGGAAAUCGCCCAGGGGGAUUAUUUAUUCAAGCUCAUUAGCCCUGGGCUAAGGGACAGGAAGUGGUGGGUGAGCUCCAGUCCCCUGUGAAGCUAUGCUCAGCUCUGGCUCAUACUAGCUGUGUGUCCUUGAGUAAGUCACUUGUCCUCUCUGGGCAAAGGAGGCAAUUUAAAUGCAUGUUCCUCCUAAAGGGCCUUUCCAUGUGAUAAUAACAGAGAUGGAGAAUGUGAUUUCUAGGGUCAGAAAGACUGGACUCAAGUCUUGGCCUUGCCUCACCUUGACCUCUGACGUCCCUUUACUUCCCUGAGGGAAGCUUCCCUUCUUCACUUGAGCAGAGAUUUUGGUGCCAGCCUCUGGGGACCGCAGUGAACAGGGGUAGGUAGGCAGGCAGGUUGUUGAUAAACUGACAGUCUCUUGUGCAGAUGCGUAACCAUCAUCACUGUCAUUAUUACUUCCGGAGCCUCUGUCUCCCAGGCUUUCUGAGCACGAUGUCCACGGCUCCCUCCAGCAACGGCGUGUUUGUCGUCAUCCCACCCAGCAACGCCAGCGGCCUCCGCCCGCCCCCAGCCAUCCUGCCCACCUCCCUGUGCCCGCCUCCAGGGAUCAUGCAGUACGAGGAGCCGCCGCUGGGGGUGCAGACACCACGGGUCACCCAGCCGCCAGACCUGCGGCCCGGGGAGACAUUCCUGACGGGAGAGCCCAAGGCUUUGGGGACCGUCCAGAUUCUCAUCGGCCUUAUCCACCUGGGCUUCGGCGGCGUCCUGCUCAUGGUCCGCCGCGGCCACUUGGGGAUGCUCUUCAUCGAAGGCGGCGUCCCCUUCUGGGGAGGAGCCUGCUUCAUCAUCUCGGGGUCCCUCUCAGUGGCAGCUGAGAAGAACCACACCAGUUGCCUGGUGAGGAGCAGUCUGGGGACCAACAUUCUCAGCGCCAUGGCGGCCUUUGCAGGGACGGCCAUUCUGCUCAUGGAUUUUGGUGUCACUAACUGGGAUGUAGGCAGGGGCUAUCUGGCCGUGCUUACCAUCUUCACCAUACUGGAGUUCUUCAUUGCGGUCAUUGCCACCCACUUCGGGUGCCAAGCCACUCGCGCCCAAGCCCUCGCGCCUGUGAUUUUCCUGCCGAACGCCUUCGGCACAGACUUCAGCAUCCCCAGCCCCGCAGCUUCUCCUCCCCCCGCCUACGAUAAUGUGGCGUAUAUACCCAAGGAGCCUUCAGAGUAGACGGUCGCUCUGGCGGUUGGAGCCCAGCCUCCCUCACUUUCCCCAGUCCCCCUUCCCGCCUCCCCACGUUCCUCCACCCGCCCCACCCCGCCAUCCCGGGCCCAGCCUCUCCCCAGCCUCGCCUUGGUUAUCUGGUGGCUGCCCACCGCCCCAGUCCUCUCAUGUUGUGGUACCGAGUGGAGUCCCUGGGGAUGUCUGUCCCACACAUUUCCCGCAGUGGUUUAUUUCCUAAAAGAGCUAGUUGAUGUCAAGAGUAUGUGCCCCUCUGCUCCCUGGGCGCCGCCCUUCAUCAGAAAAUGCCUCCCGAUGCCGCCCUGGAUUUCUGUCUACUUAUUUUGGAAACCCUGGCCUCACUGGGACACGGGUUCAGGGGCCGCCCUGGCCCUCAGGCCUUGGGACAGUCAUUAAGCUCUGAGAACCCAGAAUAGGGAGAACUGAGUCCAGCUGCCGAGGUCAC